AUGUCCGUAACACUCCACACAACCCUCGGCGAUCUCAAGAUCGAGAUCUUCUGCGAAAGCGUCCCCAAAACAGCAGAGAACUUCCUAGCCCUCUGCGCCUCUGGCUACUACAACGCUUCUCCCUUCCACCGCAUGAUCCCCUCCUUCAUGGUCCAAACCGGCGCGCCCGCCCACCCCAACCCACCCGAGAACCCCAAAGGCGGGCGAUCCAUUUACGGCCCGACCUUCGAAGACGAGAUCCGACCUACCUUAAAACACAACGAGCGUGGCAUUGUCAGCAUGGCCAACAAGGGACCCAACACGAACGGGUCGCAGUUCUUCGUGCUGUUCGAUAAGGCGCCCCAUCUGGACGGCCUCAACACGGUGUUUGGCAAGCUAAUUGGGGACGACAGCAUGGCUACCCUGGCGAAGCUGGAGGGACUCGAGGUCGAUAAGAAGAAUCGGAUUAAGGAUGCAGUAAAGAUUGAGCGGGUGACGAACAGGAGAUGGAUGGGGAAGAAGCGGAUCAGUCAACCAGACCAGGCCAGGCCAAGCUGGGCAAGCCGGGCAGCUCGUGACGACGAAUUAGGUCAACAAAGGGACCAGGAGUCAAGUCUGAGACAGAACGCCAAUUACGAAGACUAUCAAGCCCAAGGAAGGGCCACGCACGACACGAGGCAGCCAUGCUCUCACUGGAACCACGCACUAGGAGAACGAGAGGAUAUAAGCCAAAUGAUGAUGAUGACGGAAACAGACGGGCCGGCGAGCGAAGGGACCAAACACGGAACCCAUACGGCCCGAAAGUCCGGCGUGCGCAAUGGCAUAGAACAGCAGCCAUGUUGGUGUUACACGAUCGGUCUGAUCAAAAUCGGUCGCCUAUGGCUUGAGCGCGAGCUGCUGCCCCCACGUGCCGCCCCCUGUGUCGGUAUUCGAGGUCCCCAGGCCUGCGAAGUUGAUUGGAGGAUAGUCGACUACGAGCGAGUCCGCGUCAUCAUCUUCGGAUCAUCGGACUAUCUACGGCCGGUGUAA